AUGAAUCAAUACAACCAAUCUCAAUCUGUGCCGCCAGUAUCUACUGGUCCGUACGUAGCACCCCCACCGCUCGGUUACCCAACGAACGACACGAGUCAUGCCACGGCUGCUCCGGUCGAGACAAAGUCUAAGGGUGAUGGAUUCUUGAAAGGCUGUCUCGCGGCUAUGUGUUGCUGUUGCGUCCUCGAUGCUUGCUUCUGA